AUGUACGACUUCGAACGAGCGACUCAUACGCACUGCAAGGUACCAAAUUAUUUGCCAUCUAUCAGUGCUGCUAUUGGAGGCUUUACCCCACAGCGUUAUAUUUGGCGAACAUGUAUUGGACUCCAUUCUGCUCCACGCUUCAUGGUUGCCAUAGCAUAUUACAACUUCCACAUGUCUUUGGAAUUGGCUCAGCACAGUAAAACUUAUGGCAUUAUUGCUGCUGUAGCCUGCUUCCUGCAUAUUAUUGAGAACGCAGCGUUACUUGGUUUAACUUAUGUUGCUUCCAAUGAAAAUCAUGGUGUUCAUGAAAAAUUCUUUAUCAUGUUUCUUGUUUCAUCUUUACUUUAUAUGCUGUUAACACUCAUCCUUAUCAAAUGGGGACGAUCAUAUCACGGAAGAGUGAUGACAUCCAACGAGAAAUAUUCAUUGAAAAUCAAAUUUAUUUUAUUUAUAUUUAACAUAACUUGUUGCAUUAUGGCUGCAUAUACAUUCUGGCGACACAACGCUUAUUGCGAACCUGGAGCUUACACAACAUUUGCCAUUUCUGAAUACGGCAUUGUCGCUUCAAACAUCAUGUUUCAUUUCCUUUGGAUGGGCUACGACAUGCGAAAUACCGAAUGGAUUGUGCUCGGCUACAGAGUUAAACUCAAACCCUAUGAUGCUUUAGUUUGA